AUGCUGAGAGAACCUGCAGAAGAAAUGCUUCCUGAUAAGGCCUGGUGUGAUGAAGCUCACCGUCACACAGAAGGUACUGACCCACAGCCUGGCUCUACCAUUGGUCUCAAAGAGACUCCGAUCGAGGCAUGCACCGACGGCAUAUCGGAUGAGGGCUCUUUGUUCUGCCCAUCCCAUGAAUCAUUCUCUGGCAUCGAGCUUGAAGAAAAUAGCCUUCGUUCUCCUGGUUUGCCUACGCAAGAAACUCCUGGAUAUAUCCGUACACCAUUAUUUCAGGUUCACAAGGAGGAUAUUGGAGCGAGCAUCAUGGCUCAACCGGUGUACUGGACAACGGCCUUUCAUGGUUUGGAGACUCUGAGGGCUGGCGCCUGGGUCGACAUCAAUGUCCUCACAUUUUAUCUGGCAUCUAUCUGGCAUGAGGCCCAUGGAGGGACACACAUUCGUUUUGCCCGCAGUGACGAUGUGAGAAUCACCUUUGUCUUGGAGAAAACAAAAAAGGAAAGAAAUGAAGGACGCAAAAUGCAAGAGCAAACAGAAGAACUAGUGGGAAGGAGCUCCAACAAAACAGAAUAUUGUCGUCGUGUUGGCGCCCCGUCCACAGAGAAACAAGAGGGGCAAAAUCAGGAGGAAGAGCAGGGGGAGAUUAUAUUCAGUCAGCCCAUCACCCCUGAGUUCAGGGAGCAGUUUGACAACCACCACUACAUAUCGAAUCAAAUCUGCCCCGUGUCUCCGGUCGGCUUUCUGGUCCAUGAAGGAUCUCAUUUCUUCGCCUGUGUCUUUGAUUAUCUGGACCAUAAAGCAUAUGUUCUAGGAAGGAACAGACCAGACAAUUGGAACCAUCGGGAGCAUUAUUGGCAUAGGGUUGCAGAGCUUCAUCGCUGGGACGCAGGAAACCCAGAUAAAGUCACCACUGUCUCCGUGGAGUGGGUACAAAAUGGUGUUGAUUGCGGUCCAACCGCAUGUGAAGUACUAGCACGUUGCAUGAUCGACGGCCUAUGCCCAACACUAUCCGCUCUGCAGGGAACCAGACCCGCCCUGAUAUGUGGGCAUGUCCUCCGGCUCAAUAUUCUCCAUCAGGUCUACAACCAGUGUGUGCGUAGCUUCCAGAACUUCGGGCAAUUUCGCCAACGUCCGCCUCCAUUCUGGAGUAUGGAUGACACUUUGAUCUCUGACGAGGUCGAGGAUCUCUUUUCUCCUCACCAAUCUGGAGCAAAGAAUAGCCCUUCAUCCACAACCGCUGCAGGCCACUGUUUUAAAGAAAUUGUGGAGAACCUUAACCAUGCAAUCAGCCUCUGCACAAGCUGUUUAGAUUCGGGAACCGAACCAGCCUUUGCUCAAAACAGAAACUCUGCCCCUGACUGGGAUAAGCUAAAACAAGAUAUCAACGACAUCCGGGGUGCUCGCGAUAAAACAUUCGCAACAUCGCGUGCAAGCACUAACAAUUUAGACCAUCCCAUAGAAAGCGAGGAUUCAGACGAUACUGAAGCUGAACACGGUACAUUGCUUCCAAAGUUGCCACGCAGCGUUCUCAAACGCUUCCCAAGACCAAAACCGUUAAAUGUCCUCCCGCCCGUCAAAGGGAAACAGUAUUUUCAGCAUGACCGGCAGUUUGAUGACUACGAAAGUGGGCCGACCAUCGAAUUGAUCCAUCGCUCCGAGCUGGCCUUCAUUUAUUGUCCCCCGUUUGACAAACUAAAAGUCUGUCCUGUAAUCGAUGAUUGGCGUGAUCGCGGCUACCGAAUUCUGGCCAGCUCGUUCCAAAAUUCGUUUCUGCAGGCGCCCGUCCAAGUGCUGGAUCAUAUAAUGUGCACCGUGCCUGGAUACCAGUUUAGCCAGCAGGUUUCAAACCGUGCCACCGGAAAGUAUCGUCUUCGUAGUCAGCAAGAGGGUUCACAGGUCAACGUCAAUGACGUCCGGAUAAUGGGGGCGGCUGAGAUGCUCCGGCUCGCAUCCGAGGGUCGCGGUCACAGAGGGAGAUCAUCAAGUGCUCAGAGCAUCUUUGUACGGGGAAUUACUGGAGGAUUAGCGCAACAGAAGAAGAAUUACGUUUGCGUUGACCUCCAGUUGGAUCGCGUUGAUAUCAGAAGCAAAGAUAUUCAUAUUUCUGUUGAUAUUGACAGUCUCAUUUGGAUAGGUCCGAACCUGAUCUUCAAAAAAUCGAUAGGACUACAAACAAUACCAACCUACUUUGGAGGUCCUGCCAUACCAAAACGCAAUCACAUCUCUAUUGAUCUUCUCAUUCCACAAUCUGCUUAUGAUCGCGCUCAGCCCGGAGGACGCACAGAAUGGAUGUCUAUGCCUACUGAAAUGAACGGGAUCCCUCACACGCAGUUUGGGUCCACACCAUCACCCUCUGGCCAGCCAACGAACAUCUUGAUAUUCUUUCCUAGGAUGUUCCAUAAAAACUUUACCAAUCAUCGCAGCGUCAACUUGAUGCCUCACUAUGUUCUUGACAGGUUUUGGGAUCGCGUCCUUAUUCCCGCCUUGGUAAAAUCAUUCCAAGAACUCAAACACUUGGAGCCUUAUAUUCCACAUACUCUCAAAGAACUAAAAUAUAAGAGCAGGAAAGCAGAUCAAGGCUCAAGCGGUAAUGGAAAACUAUUACCAAUACCUAGUGAAGUGAUUAUGGGGGCCCAGGUAACGAUGAGGAAGAUCAUUAACGAAGAUGAAUCAACACUGGGCAUGUUUGGAUCCUUCUUCUUUGCCCUAGAAGCAAAGGGCAUCAAGCUUAUGACUGUCGAGCGCCAAAACGGGACAUACAGCGACCCUGUCUCUGCUCUGCAGGAGAGUAUCCCGUCCUUGGACUGGGACCAGAUGCGGGACCGCGCAAAGGGAGAGCUUUUCCUUGAUAUUGGCGUCGCGUUCACCCCCAUGAGACAAUCCAAUGCAGUCACAGGUCUAUGGUGGCUUGAAGCCCUCGAAGUGUCAUUCGGAGCAGGGGGGUUCAAUGCCGGAAGCAUGCACAAUCACGCUAUGCUCUCCCGGGUUGGUGCCAUGCAAGCACCCAUGAGUAAAGACAGGCAAUGGCAGACGGGUAUCAUUUCCCGGAGCUCAUACAGCCUUGACUAUGAGGCUGUAAGGCCUCGUAAUAACAAGCCCACAUUUGCCUCAGACAGUGACGCCUACAACCUCACCCAACGGUACACCGAAGAAUGCAACAGCCUCAUUGAACAGCUUCUUGGAGCGACAGGGAAGACCUUCGGUGUGCGAGACGAGUAUCGUGUGACUUGGGAUGCGGCGGAAGCAAUGUUGCGGAAUGGUGCGGCCGGCUUAAAAGAGCGAGGCCGUCAGCUCAUGGAUUCAGGGUCGGUAAUAUGGGUUCAGACUGAAACUUGGUUCAGAUGGAACGCGAUGCGGGUCAAGUCAUUGCAAGAGACCCAAGAAGCUCUCCGGAGAAAGAACCCUCCAAAUCUGGGUAUCAUGACCUCACUACUCACACACAUGAUCCGCUCCACCACCUACACUCCGAUCGUAUACGACGCACAUCUCAGUGACUCGCUCAAAUCUCUCCAACAACACGCAGUCAUGGAAACUUGCAACAUGUUUUUCUUGCAUGAUCUAGACAUUAGCAAAGCGCGCUUGAAAGGUGUGGAAGAAAUCGAUAGCGAUUCGGUCCUCCGCAUAAUGGGAAAAAACGCACCACUGCGACGAGACCAAGCCAUUGCAUCUCAAGAAAAUGAAUUAGCAGCUGCAGAGCGCAAUGACGACUCUGACUACCCGUUAGGAAAAUUCCCCACGUGGACUGAUCUCAAAGAGUUCCACGGCAAAUUCCCGUGGUUGCUAGUCAAAAAGUGGAACCCGGAGAUCAUAGACUGGUCUCUGAGAGCAGUAAUCCUGUUUUGCACCUUCACAGGCCAUAUAUGGCUGAUGCUGAGCGUCCCAUUCCUAAAGUCCUCCCCGCCUAGACCAUCAUCAGUAGACGACGCAAUGAAAUGCUGGACGAUCCAUUAUGUGCGGAAUCUUCUAGACGGCGUCAAAUGGGAGGCUUCGAAUGAUGCUCUAGAGCAAGAUGGUGUUGCGCACGGCCGCCCCGGACCGAGGUCUCCUUCCUUUGCAAACAGGAUGCCAAUCUUUUUUCCUCCGACUUCAUCGCCAAAACACGUCAAAUCUCAAUGGGACCCACUAUUCCAACAUCCAGGGUACAUCUCUCAAUAUCAUAAGCUGGUCGAAAGUGGAAAGGAUAAUGGUGCAUUCUCCGAUUUACAAAAGAGCUUACAGGAAAUAUUCUCAAGCUUAGAAUGCCUACCUGCAAGUGAGAAAAUGACGGUAAAGGCCGCUGGGACAGUGUGGAAAGUGGCAGGUGAUGCAUUUGUUUUCAUCACAAAUUCCAGGCUCUACAAAGUGGUAGGCUUAAGCAAAGAUACUCGAUCUGUCAAAGCGACACUCCGAAUUCCGCGUGUAAAGACCAAACACGAUAUUCUUCGUGAUAUCCAUGCCUACGAAGGAAUAGAUUACACCGGGGAUGUCAAGCCAUCGAGAAGGAAUCUGAAGAAUCGAGCUGAACUCAACCUCAAGUCUAAGGCUGUCAAAAAUAGAAGACGUCCGCCAGUCACAACUCGCUCUCGUGGUACAAAUAAGGCACCCAAGCUCGCCAAAAAGGAGAGGACCACAUGAUCAUAUCCCUAAUCAGCAAUAAUCGCUUGUCUUGUAACUACAUAAC